AUGCCUCACAUCCCGAUGAAACCUCGAGAGGCACGCGGAGUUCAUUGCUUCAAAAGGCUCAAGACGUAUGCCAACUUCCCAGAAGCACCUCAGGAGGAGGCUUCUCUCAGCAAUAGGCUCAAGACGUAUGCCAACUUCCCAGAAGCACCUCAGGAGGAGGCUUCUCUCAGCAAUAGGCUCAAGACGUAUGCCAACUUCCCAGAAGCACCUCAGGAGGAGGCUUCUCUCAGCAAUAGGCUCAAGACGUAUGCCAACUUCCCAGAAGCACCUCAGGAGGAGGCUUCUCUCAGCAAUAGGCUCAAGACGUAUGCCAACUUCCCAGAAGCACCUCAGGAGGAGGCUUCUCUCAGCAAUAGGCUCAAGACGUAUGCCAACUUCCCAGAAGCACCUCAGGAGGAGGCUUCUCUCAGCAAUAGGCUCAAGACGUAUGCCAACUUCCCAGAAGCACCUCAGGAGGAGGCUUCUCUCAGCAAUAGGCUCAAGACGUAUGCCAACUUCCCAGAAGCACCUCAGGAGGAGGCUUCUCUCAGCAAUAGGCUCAAGACGUAUGCCAACUUCCCAGAAGCACCUCAGGAGGAGGCUUCUCUCAACAAUAGGCUCAAGACGUAUGCCAACUCCCCAGAAGCACCUCAGGAGGAGGCUUCUCUCAGCAAUAGGCUCAAGCCUUAUGCCAACUUCCCAGAAGCACCUCAGGAGGAGGCUUCUCUCAGCAAUAGGCUCAAGACCUAUGCCAACUCCCCAGAAGCACCUCAGGAGGAGGCUUCUCUCAGCAAUAGACUCAAGCCUUAUGCCAACUUCCCAGAAGCACCUCAGGAGGAGGCUUGUCUCAGCAAUAGGCUCAAGACGUAUGCCAACAUCCCAGUAGCACCUCAGGAGGAGGGUUCUCUCAGCAAUAGGCUCAAGGUGUAUGCCAACUUCCCAGAAGCACCUCAGGAGGAGGCUUCUCUCAGCAAUAGGCUCAAGACGUAUGCCAACUUCCCAGAAGCACCUCAGGAGGAGGCUUCUCUCAGCAAUAGGCUCAAGACGUAUGCCAACUUCCCAGAAGCACCUCAGGAGGAGGCUUCUCUCAGCAAUAGGCUCAAGACGUAUGCCAACACCCCAGAAGCACCUCAGGAGGAGGCUUCUCUCAGCAAUAGGCUCAAGACGUAUGCCAACUUUCCAGAAGCAACUCAGGAGGAGGCUUCUCUCAGCAAUAGGCUCAAGACGUAUGCCAACUUUCCAGAAGCAACUCAGGAGGAGGCUUCUCUCAGCAAUAGACUCAAGACGUAUGCCAACUUCCCAGAAGCACCUCAGGAGGAGGCUUCUCUCAGCAAUAGGCUCAAGACGUAUGCCAACUUCCCAGAAGCACCUCAGGAGGAGGCUUCUCUCAGCAAUAGGUUCAAGACGUAUGCCAACUUCCCAGAAGCACCUCAGGAGGAGGCUUCUCUCAGCAAUAGACUCAAGCCUUAUGCCAACUUCCCAGAAGCACCUCAGGAGGAGGCUUCUCUCAGCAAUAGGCUCAAGACGUAUGCCAACUUCCCAGAAGCACCUCAGGAGGAGGCUUCUCUCAGCAAUAGGCUCAAGACGUAUGCCAACUUCCCAGAAGCACCUCAGGAGAAGGCUACUCUCAGCAAUAGGCUCAAGACCUAUGCCAACUCCCCAGAAGCACCUCAGGAGGAGGCUUCUCUCAGCAAUAGGCUCAAGACGUAUGCCAACUUCCCAGUAGCACCUCAGGAGGAGGCUUCUCUCAGCAAUAGGUUCAAGACGUAUGCCAACUUCCCAGAAGCACCUCAGGAGGAGGCUUCUCUCAGCAAUAGGCUCAAGACGUAUGCCAACUUUCCAGAAGCAUCUCAGGAGGAGGCUUCUCUCAGCAAUAGGCUCAAGACGUAUGCCAACUUCCCAGAAGCACCUCAGGAGGAGGCUUCUCUCAGCAAUAGGUUCAAGACGUAUGCCAACUUCCCAGAAGCACCUCAGGAGGAGGCUUCUCUCAGCAAUAGGCUCAAGACGUAUGCCAACUUUCCAGAAGCACCUCAGGAGGAGGCUUCUCUCAGCAAUAGGCUCAAGACGUAUGCCAACUUCCCAGAAGCACCUCAGGAGGAGGCUUCUCUCAGCAAUAGGCUCAAGACGUAUGCCAACUCCGCAGAAGUACCUCAGGAGGAGGCUUCUCUCAGCAAUAGGCUCAAGACGUAUGCCAACUUUCCAGAAGCACCUCAGGAGGAGGCUUCUCUCAGCAAUAGGCUCAAGACGUAUGCCAACUUCCCAGAAGCACCUCAGGAGGAGGCUUCUCUCAGCAAUAGGCUCAAGACGUAUGCCAACUCCGCAGAAGUACCUCAGGAGGAGGCUUCUCUCAGCAAUAGGCUCAAGACGUAUGCCAACUUUCCAGAAGCACCUCAGGAGGAGGCUUCUCUCAGCAAUAGGCUCAAGACGUAUGCCAACUUCCCAGAAGCACCUCAGGAGGAGGCUUCUCUCAGCAAUAGGCUCAAGACGUAUGCCAACUCCGCAGAAGUACCUCAGGAGGAGGCUUCUCUCAGCAAUAGGCUCAAGACGUAUGCCAACUUUCCAGAAGCACCUCAGGAGGAGGCUUCUCUCAGCAAUAGGCUCAAGACGUAUGCCAACUUCCCAGAAGCACCUCAGGAGGAGGCUUCUCUCAGCAAUAGGCUCAAGACGUAUGCCAACUCCGCAGAAGUACCUCAGGAGGAGGCUUCUCUCAGCAAUAGGCUCAAGACGUAUGCCAACUUUCCAGAAGCACCUCAGGAGGAGGCUUCUCUCAGCAAUAGGCUCAAGACGUAUGCCAACUUCCCAGAAGCACCUCAGGAGGAGGCUUCUCUCAGCAAUAGGCUCAAGACGUAUGCCAACUCCGCAGAAGUACCUCAGGAGGAGGCUUCUCUCAGCAAUAGGCUCAAGACGUAUGCCAACUUUCCAGAAGCACCUCAGGAGGAGGCUUCUCUCAGCAAUAGGCUCAAGACGUAUGCCAACUUCCCAGAAGCACCUCAGGAGGAGGCUUCUCUCAGCAAUAGGCUCAAGACGUAUGCCAACUCCGCAGAAGUACCUCAGGAGGAGGCUUCUCUCAGCAAUAGGCUCAAGACGUAUGCCAACUUUCCAGAAGCACCUCAGGAGGAGGCUUCUCUCAGCAAUAGGCUCAAGACGUAUGCCAACUUCCCAGAAGCACCUCAGGAGGAGGCUUCUCUCAGCAAUAGGCUCAAGACGUAUGCCAACUCCGCAGAAGUACCUCAGGAGGAGGCUUCUCUCAGCAAUAGGCUCAAGACGUAUGCCAACUUUCCAGAAGCACCUCAGGAGGAGGCUUCUCUCAGCAAUAGGCUCAAGACGUAUGCCAACUUCCCAGAAGCACCUCAGGAGGAGGCUUCUCUCAGCAAUAGGCUCAAGACGUAUGCCAACUCCGCAGAAGUACCUCAGGAGGAGGCUUCUCUCAGCAAUAGGCUCAAGACGUAUGCCAACUUUCCAGAAGCACCUCAGGAGGAGGCUUCUCUCAGCAAUAGGCUCAAGACGUAUGCCAACUUCCCAGAAGCACCUCAGGAGGAGGCUUCUCUCAGCAAUAGGCUCAAGACGUAUGCCAACUCCGCAGAAGUACCUCAGGAGGAGGCUUCUCUCAGCAAUAGGCUCAAGACGUAUGCCAACUUUCCAGAAGCACCUCAGGAGGAGGCUUCUCUCAGCAAUAGGCUCAAGACGUAUGCCAACUUCCCAGAAGCACCUCAGGAGGAGGCUUCUCUCAGCAAUAGGCUCAAGACGUAUGCCAACUCCGCAGAAGUACCUCAGGAGGAGGCUUCUCUCAGCAAUAGGCUCAAGACGUAUGCCAACUUUCCAGAAGCACCUCAGGAGGAGGCUUCUCUCAGCAAUAGGCUCAAGACGUAUGCCAACUUCCCAGAAGCACCUCAGGAGGAGGCUUCUCUCAGCAAUAGGCUCAAGACGUAUGCCAACUCCCCAGAAGCACCUCAGGAGGAGGCUUCUCUCAGCAAUAGGCUCAAGACGUAUGCCAACUUCCCAGAAGCACCUCAGGAGGAGGCUACUCUCAGCAAUAGGUUCAAGACGUAUGCCAACUUCCCAGAAGCACCUCAGGAGGAGGCUUCUCUCAGCAAUAGGCUCAAGACCUAUGCCAACUCCCCAGAAGCACCUCAGGAGGAGGCUUCUCUCAGCAAUAGGCUCAAGACGUAUGCCAACUUUCCAGAAGCACCUCAGGAGGAGGCUUCUCUCAGCAAUAGGCUCAAGACGUAUGCCAACUUUCCAGAAGCACCUCAGGAGGAGGCUUCUCUCAGCAAUAGGCAACUCCAGAGAUGCCCCGAGAACACUGUCUCAAGUCUAGAGGAACACCAACUUCAGCACAGCAACUCGAGGAAUGCUCCGUGUACCCCAAAUCGUCUCGAGAUGAGAGCUGAUCCCUGGCUUACGCUCAAGACGUAUGCCAACAUCCCAGAAGCACCUCAGGAGGAGGCUUCUCUCAGCAAUAGGCUCAAGACGUAUGCCAACUUUCCAGAAGCACCUCAGGAGGAGGCUUCUCUCAGCAAUAGGCUCAAGACGUAUGCCAACUUCCCAGAAGCACCUCAGGAGGAGGCUUCUCUCAGCAAUAGGCUCAAGACGUAUGCCAACUUCCCAGAAGCAACUCAGGAGGAGGCUUCUCUCAGCAAUAGGCUCAAGACGUAUGCCAACUUUCCAGAAGCACCUCAGGAGGAGGCUUCUCUCAGCAAUAGGCUCAAGACGUACACCAACUCCCCAGAAGCACCUCAGGAGGAGGCUUCUCUCAGCAAUAGGCUCAAGACCUAUGCCAACUCCCCAGAAGCACCUCAGGAGGAGGCUUCUCUCAGCAAUAGGCUCAAGACGUAUGCCAACUUUCCAGAAGCACCUCAGGAGGAGGCUUCUCUCAGCAAUAGGCUCAAGACGUAUGCCAACUUUCCAGAAGCACCUCAGGAGGAGGCUUCUCUCAGCAAUAGGCUCAAGACGUAUGCCAACUUUCCAGAAGCACCUCAGGAGGAGGCUUCUCUCAGCAAUAGGCUCAAGACGUAUGCCAACUUCCCAGAAGCACCUCAGGAGGAGGCUUCUCUCAGCAAUAGGCUCAAGACGUAUGCCAACUUUCCAGAAGCACCUCAGGAGGAGGCUUCUCUCAGCAAUAGGCUCAAGACGUAUGCCAACUUUCCAGAAGCACCUCAGGAGGAGGCUUCUCUCAGCAAUAGGCUCAAGACGUACACCAACUCCCCAGAAGCACCUCAGGAGGAGGCUUCUCUCAGCAAUAGGCUCAAGACCUAUGCCAACUCCCCAGAAGCACCUCAGGAGGAGGCUUCUCUCAGCAAUAGGCUCAAGACGUAUGCCAACUUUCCAGAAGCACCUCAGGAGGAGGCUUCUCUCAGCAAUAGGCUCAAGACGUAUGCCAACUUUCCAGAAGCACCUCAGGAGGAGGCUUCUCUCAGCAAUAGGCUCAAGACGUAUGCCAACUUCCCAGAAGCACCUCAGGAGGAGGCUUCUCUCAGCAAUAGGCUCAAGACGUAUGCCAACUUUCCAGAAGCACCUCAGGAGGAGGCUUCUCUCAGCAAUAGGCUCAAGACGUAUGCCAACUUCCCAGAAGCACCUCAGGAGGAGGCUUCUCUCAGCAAUAGGCUCAAGACGUAUGCCAACUUCCCAGAAGCAACUCAGGAGGAGGCUUCUCUCAGCAAUAGGCUCAAGACGUAUGCCAACUUUCCAGAAGCACCUCAGGAGGAGGCUUCUCUCAGCAAUAGGCUCAAGACGUAUGCCAACUUCCCAGAAGCACCUCAGGAAGAGGCUUCUCUCAGCAAUAGGCUCAAGACGUAUGCCAACUUUCCAGAAGCACCUCAGGAGGAGGCUUCUCUCAGCAAUAGGCUCAAGACGUAUGCCAACUUUCCAGAAGCACCUCAGGAGGAGGCUUCUCUCAGCAAUAGGCUCAAGACGUACACCAACUCCCCAGAAGCACCUCAGGAGGAGGCUUCUCUCAGCAAUAGGCUCAAGACGUAUGCCAACUUUCCAGAAGCACCUCAGGAGGAGGCUUCUCUCAGCAAUAGGCUCAAGACGUAUGCCAACUUCCCAGAAGCACCUCAGGAGGAGGCUUCUCUCAGCAAUAGGCUCAAGACGUAUGCCAACUUUCCAGAAGCAACUCAGGAGGAGGCUUCUCUCAGCAAUAGGCUCAAGACGUAUGCCAACUUUCCAGAAGCACCUCAGGAGGAGGCUUCUCUCAGCAAUAGGCUCAAGACGUACACCAACUCCCCAGAAGCACCUCAGGAGGAGGCUUCUCUCAGCAAUAGGCUCAAGACCUAUGCCAACUCCCCAGAAGCACCUCAGGAGGAGGCUUCUCUCAGCAAUAGGCUCAAGACGUAUGCCAACUUUCCAGAAGCACCUCAGGAGGAGGCUUCUCUCAGCAAUAGGCUCAAGACGUAUGCCAACUUUCCAGAAGCACCUCAGGAGGAGGCUUCUCUCAGCAAUAGGCUCAAGACGUAUGCCAACUUCCCAGAAGCACCUCAGGAGGAGGCUUCUCUCAGCAAUAGGCUCAAGACGUAUGCCAACUUUCCAGAAGCACCUCAGGAGGAGGCUUCUCUCAGCAAUAGGCUCAAGACGUAUGCCAACUUACCAGAAGCACCUCAGGAGGAGGCUUCUCUCAGCAAUAGGCUCAAGACGUAUGCCAACUUUCCAGAAGCACCUCAGGAGGAGGCUUCUCUCAGCAAUAGGCUCAAGACGUACACCAACUCCCCAGAAGCACCUCAGGAGGAGGCUUCUCUCAGCAAUAGGCUCAAGACCUAUGCCAACUCCCCAGAAGCACCUCAGGAGGAGGCUUCUCUCAGCAAUAGGCUCAAGACGUAUGCCAACUUUCCAGAAGCACCUCAGGAGGAGGCUUCUCUCAGCAAUAGGCUCAAGACGUAUGCCAACUUUCCAGAAGCACCUCAGGAGGAGGCUUCUCUCAGCAAUAGGCUCAAGACGUAUGCCAACUUCCCAGAAGCACCUCAGGAGGAGGCUUCUCUCAGCAAUAGGCUCAAGACGUAUGCCAACUUUCCAGAAGCACCUCAGGAGGAGGCUUCUCUCAGCAAUAGGCUCAAGACGUAUGCCAACUUACCAGAAGCACCUAAGGAGGAGGCUUCUCUCAGCAAUAGGCUCAAGACGUAUGCCAACUUUCCAGAAGCACCUCAGGAGGAGGCUUCUCUCAGCAAUAGGCUCAAGACGUAUGCCAACUUCCCAGAAGCACCUCAGGAGGAGGCUUCUCUCAGCAAUAGGCUCAAGACGUAUGCCAACUUCCCAGAAGCACCUCAGGAGGAGGCUUCUCUCAGCAAUAGGCUCAAGACGUAUGCCAACUUCCCAGAAGCACCUCAGGAGGAGGCUUCUCUCAGCAAUAGGCUCAAGACGUAUGCCAACUUCCCAGAAGCACCUCAGGAGGAGGCUUCUCUCAGCAAUAGGUUCAAGACGUAUGCCAACUUUCCAGAAGCACCUCAGGAGGAGGCUUCUCUCAGCAAUAGGCUCAAGACGUAUGCCAACUUUCCAGAAGCACCUCAGGAGGAGGCUUCUCUCAGCAAUAGGCUCAAGACGUAUGCCAACUUUCCAGAAGCACCUCAGGAGGAGGCUUCUCUCAGCAAUAGGCUCAAGACGUAUGCCAACUUUCCAGAAGCACCUCAGGAGGAGGCUUCUCUCAGCAAUAGGCUCAAGACGUAUGCCAACUUUCCAGAAGCACCUCAGGAGGAGGCUUCUCUCAGCAAUAGGCUCAAGACGUAUGCCAACUUUCCAGAAGCACCUCAGGAGGAGGCUUCUCUCAGCAAUAGGCUCAAGACGUAUGCCAACUUUCCAGAAGCACCUCAGGAGGAGGCUUCUCUCAGCAAUAGGCUCAAGACGUAUGCCAACUUUCCAGAAGCACCUCAGGAGGAGGCUUCUCUCAGCAAUAGGCUCAAGACGUAUGCCAACUUUCCAGAAGCACCUCAGGAGGAGGCUUCUCUCAGCAAUAGGCUCAAGACGUAUGUCAACUUUCCAGAAGCACCUCAGGAGGAGGCUUCUCUCAGCAAUAGGUUCAAGACGUAUGCCAACUUUCCAGAAGCACCCCAGGAGGAGGCUUCUCUCAGCAAUAGGUUCAAGACGUAUGCCAACUUCCCAGAAGCACCUCAGGAGGAGGCUUCUCUCAGCAAUAGGCUCAAGACGUAUGCCAACUUCCCAGAAGCACCUCAGGAGGAGGCUUCUCUCAGCAAUAGGCUCAAGACGUAUGCCAACUUCCCAGAAGCACCUCAGGAGGUGGCUUCUCUCAGCAAUAGGCUCAAGACGUAUGCCAACUUCCCAGAAGCACCUCAGGAGGAGGCUUCUCUCAGCAAUAGGCUCAAGACGUAUGCCAACUUCCCAGAAGCACCUCAGGAGGAGGCUUCUCUCAGCAAUAGGCUCAAGACGUAUGCCAACUUCCCAGAAGCACCUCAGGAGGAGGCUUCUCUCAGCAAUAGGUUCAAGACGUAUGCCAACUUUCCAGAAGCACCUCAGGAGGAGGCUUCUCUCAGCAAUAGGCUCAAGACGUAUGCCAACUUCCCAGAAGCACCUCAGGAGGAGGCUUCUCUCAGCAAUAGGUUCAAGACGUAUGCCAACUUUCCAGAAGCACCUCAGGAGGAGGCUUCUCUCAGCAAUAGGCUCAAGACGUAUGCCAACUUCCCAGAAGCACCUCAGGAGGAGGCUUCUCUCAGCAAUAGGCUCAAGACGUAUGCCAACUUUCCAGAAGCACCUCAGGAGGAGGCUUCUCUCAGCAAUAGGUUCAAGACGUAUGCCAACUUUCCAGAAGCACCUCAGGAGGAGGCUUCUCUCAGCAAUAGGCUCAAGACGUAUGCCAACUCCCCAGAAGCACCUCAGGAGGAGGCUUCUCUCAGCAAUAGGUUCAAGACGUAUGCCAACUUUCCAGAAGCACCUCAGGAGGAGGCUUCUCUCAGCAAUAGGCUCAAGACGUAUGCCAACUUCCCAGAAGCACCUCAGGAGGAGGCUUCUCUCAGCAAUAGGUUCAAGACGUAUGCCAACUUUCCAGAAGCACCUCAGGAGGAGGCUUCUCUCAGCAAUAGGCUCAAGACGUAUGCCAACUCCCCAGAAGCACCUCAGGAGGAGGCUUCUCUCAGCAAUAGGUUCAAGACGUAUGCCAACUUUCCAGAAGCACCUCAGGAGGAGGCUUCUCUCAGCAAUAGGUUCAAGACGUAUGCCAACUUUCCAGAAGCACCUCAGGAGGAGGCUUCUCUCAGCAAUAGGCUCAAGACGUAUGCCAACUUCCCAGAAGCACCUCAGGAGGAGGCUUCUCUCAGCAAUAGGCUCAAGACGUAUGCCAACUUCCCAGAAGCACCUCAGGAGGAGGCUUCUCUCAGCAAUAGGCUCAAGACGUAUGCCAACUUCCCAGAAGCACCUCAGGAGGAGGCUUCUCUCAGCAAUAGGCUCAAGACGUAUGCCAACUUCCCAGAAGCACCUCAGGAGGAGGCUUCUCUCAGCAAUAGGUUCAAGACGUAUGGCAACUUUCCAGAAGCACCUCAGGAGGAGGCUUCUCUCAGCAAUAGUCUCAAGACGUAUGCCAACUUUCCAGAAGCACCUCAGGAGGAGGAUUCUCUCAGCAAUAGGCUCAAGACGUAUGCCAACUUCCCAGAAGCACCUCAGGAGGAGGCUUCUCUCAGCAAUAGGUUCAAGACGUAUGGCAACUUUCCAGAAGCACCUCAGGAGGAGGCUUCUCUCAGCAAUAGGCUCAAGACGUAUGCCAACUUCCCAGAAGCACCUCAGGAGGAGGCUUCUCUCAGCAAUAGGCUCAAGACGUAUGCCAACUUCCCAGAAGCACCUCAGGAGGAGGCUUCUCUCAGCAAUAGGCUCAAGACGUAUGCCAACUUCCCAGAAGCACCUCAGGAGGAGGCUUCUCUCAGCAAUAGGCUCAAGACGUAUGCCAACUUCCCAGAAGCACCUCAGGAGGAGGCUUCUCUCAGCAAUAGGCUCAAGACGUAUGCCAACUUCCCAGAAGCACCUCAGGAGGAGGCUUCUCUCAGCAAUAGGUUCAAGACGUAUGGCAACUUUCCAGAAGCACCUCAGGAGGAGGCUUCUCUCAGCAAUAGUCUCAAGACGUAUGCCAACUUUCCAGAAGCACCUCAGGAGGAGGAUUCUCUCAGCAAUAGGCUCAAGACGUAUGCCAACUUCCCAGAAGCACCUCAGGAGGAGGCUUCUCUCAGCAAUAGGUUCAAGACGUAUGGCAACUUUCCAGAAGCACCUCAGGAGGAGGCUUCUCUCAGCAAUAGGCUCAAGACGUAUGCCAACUUCCCAGAAGCACCUCAGGAGGAGGCUUCUCUCAGCAAUAGGCUCAAGACGUAUGCCAACUCCCCAGAAGCACCUCAGGAGGAGGCUUCUCUCAGCAAUAGGCUCAAGACAUAUGCCAACUCCCCAGAAGCACCUCAGGAGGAGGCUUCUCUCAGCAAUAGGCUCAAGACGUAUGCCAACUUCCCAGAAGCACCUCAGGAGGAGGCUUCUCUCAGCAAUAGGCUCAAGACGUAUGCCAACUUUCCAGAAGCACCUCAGGAGGAGGCUUCUCUCAGCAAUAGGCUCAAGACGUAUGCCAACUCCCCAGAAGCACCUCAGGAGGAGGCUUCUCUCAGCAAUAGGUUCAAGACGUAUGCCAACUUUCCAGAAGCACCUCAGGAGGAGGCUUCUCUCAGCAAUAGGCUCAAGACGUAUGCCAACUUCCCAGAAGCAACUCAGGAGGAGGCUUCUCUCAGCAAUAGGCUCAAGACGUAUGCCAACUUUCCAGAAGCACCUCAGGAGGAGGCUUCUCUCAGCAAUAGGUUGAAGACGUAUGCCAACUUUCCAGAAGCACCUCAGGAGGAGGCUUCUCUCAGCAAUAGGCUCAAGACGUAUGCCAACUUUCCAGAAGCACCUCAGGAGGAGGCUUCUCUCAGCAAUAGGCUCAAGACGUAUGCCAACUUUCCAGAAGCACCUCAGGAGGAGGCUUCUCUCAGCAAUAGGCUCAAGACGUAUGCCAACUUUCCAGAAGCACCUCAGGAGGAGGCUUCUCUCAGCAAUAGGCUCAAGACGUAUGCCAACUUUCCAGAAGCACCUCAGGAGGAGGCUUCUCUCAGCAAUAGGUUCAAGACGUAUGCCAACUUCCCAGAAGCACCUCAGGAGGAGGCUUCUCUCAGCAAUAGGCUCAAGACGUAUGCCAACUUCCCAGAAGCACCUCAGGAGGAGGCUUCUCUCAGCAAUAGGCUCAAGACGUAUGCCAACUUUCCAGAAGCACCUCAGGAGGAGGCUUCUCUCAGCAAUAGGCUCAAGACGUAUGCCAACUUCCCAGAAGCACCUCAGGAGGAGGCUUCUCUCAGCAAUAGGCUCAAGACGUAUGCCAACUUUCCAGAAGCAUCUCAGGAGGAGGCUUCUCUCAGCAAUAGGUUCAAGACGUAUGCCAACUUUCCAGAAGCACCUCAGGAGGAGGCUUCUCUCAGCAAUAGGCUCAAGACGUAUGCCAACUUCCCAGAAGCACCUCAGGAGGAGGCUUCUCUCAGCAAUAGGUUCAAGACGUAUGCCAACUUUCCAGAAGCACCUCAGGAGGAGGCUUCUCUCAGCAAUAGGCUCAAGACGUAUGCCAACUUCCCAGAAGCACCUCAGGAGGAGGCUUCUCUCAGCAAUAGGCUCAAGACGUAUGCCAACUUCCCAGAAGCACCUCAGGAGGAGGCUUCUCUCAGCAAUAGGCUCAAGACGUAUGCCAACUUCCCAGAAGCACCUCAGGAGGAGGCUUCUCUCAGCAAUAGGCUCAAGACGUAUGCCAACUUUCCAGAAGCACCUCAGGAGGAGGCUUCUCUCAGCAAUAGGCUCAAGACGUAUGCCAACUUCCCAGAAGCACCUCAGGAGGAGGCUUCUCUCAGCAAUAGGCUCAAGACGUAUGCCAACUUUCCAGAAGCACCUCAGGAGGAGGCUUCUCUCAGCAAUAGGCUCAAGACGUAUGCCAACUUCCCAGAAGCACCUCAGGAGGAGGCUUCUCUCAGCAAUAGGCUCAAGACGUAUGCCAACUUUCCAGAAGCACCUCAGGAGGAGGCUUCUCUCAGCAAUAGGCUCAAGACGUAUGCCAACUUCCCAGAAGCACCUCAGGAGGAGGCUUCUCUCAGCAAUAGGCUCAAGACGUAUGCCAACUUUCCAGAAGCACCUCAGGAGGAGGCUUCUCUCAGCAAUAGGCUCAAGACGUAUGCCAACUUCCCAGAAGCACCUCAGGAGGAGGCUUCUCUCAGCAAUAGGCUCAAGACGUAUGCCAACUUUCCAGAAGCACCUCAGGAGGAGGCUUCUCUCAGCAAUAGGCUCAAGACGUAUGCCAACUUUCCAGAAGCACCUCAGGAGGAGGCUUCUCUCAGCAGUAGGCUCAAGACGUAUGCCAACUUCCCAGAAGCAGCUCAGGAGGAGGCUUCUCUCAGCAAUAGGCUCAAGACGUAUGCCAACUUUCCAGAAGCACCUCAGGAGGAGGCUUCUCUCAGCAAUAGGCUCAAGACGUAUGCCAACUUCCCAGAAGCACCUCAGGAGGAGGCUUCUCUCAGCAAUAGGCUCAAGACGUAUGCCAACUUUCCAGAAGCACCUCAGGAGGAGGCUUCUCUCAGCAAUAGGCUCAAGACGUAUGCCAACUUUCCAGAAGCACCUCAGGAGGAGGCUUCUCUCAGCAAUAGGCUCAAGACGUAUGCCAACUUUCCAGAAGCACCUCAGGAGGAGGCUUCUCUCAGCAGUAGGCUCAAGACGUAUGCCAACUUCCCAGAAGCAGCUCAGGAGGAGGCUUCUCUCAGCAAUAGGCUCAAGACGUAUGCCACCUUUCCAGAAGCACCUCAGGAGGAGGCUUCUCUCAGCAAUAGGCUCAAGACGUAUGACAACUCCCCAGAAGCACCUCAGGAGGAGGCUUCUCUCAGCAAUAGGCUCAAGACGUAUGCCAACUUUCCAGAAGCACCUCAGGAGGAGGCUUCUCUCAGCAAUAGGCUCAAGACGUAUGCCAACUUUCCAGAAGCACCUGAGGAGGAGGCUUCUCUCAGCAAUAGGCUCAAGACGUAUGCCAACUUUCCAGAAGCACCUCAGGAGGAGGCUUCUCUCAGCAAUAGGCUCAAGACGUAUGCCAACUUUCCAGAAGCACCUCAGGAGGAGGCUUCUCUCAGCAAUAGGCUCAAGACGUAUGCCACCUUUCCAGAAGCACCUCAGGAGGAGGCUUCUCUCAGCAAUAGGCUCAAGACGUAUGCCAACUCCCCAGAAGCACCUAAGGAGGAGGCUUCUCUCAGCAAUAGGCUCAAGACGUAUGCCAACUUCCCAGAAGCACCUCAGGAGGAGGCUUCUCUCAGCAAUAGGCUCAAGACGUAUGCCAACUUUCCAGAAGCACCUCAGGAGGAGGCUUCUCUCAGCAAUAGGCUCAAGAUGUAUGCCAACUUCCCAGAAGCACCUCAGGAGGAGGCUUCUCUCAGCAAUAGGCUCAAGACGUAUGCCAACUUUCCAGAAGCACCUCAGGAGGAGGCUUCUCUCAGCAAUAGGCUCAAGACGUAUGCCAACUUCCCAGAAGCACCUCAGGAGGAGGCUUCUCUCAGCAAUAGGCUCAAGACGUAUGCCAACUUUCCAGAAGCACCUCAGGAGGAGGCUUCUCUCAGCAAUAGGCUCAAGACGUAUGCCAACUUUCCAGAAGCACCUCAGGAGGAGGCUUCUCUCAGCAAUUGGCUCAAGACGUAUGCCAACUUCAGAGAAGCACCUCAGGAGGAGGCUUCUCUCAGCAAUAGGCUCAAGAAGUAUGCCAACUUACCAGAAGCCCCUCAGGAGGAGGCUUCUCUCAGCAAUAGGCUCAAGACGUAUGCCAACUUUCCAGAAGCACCUCAGGAGGAGGCUUCUCUCAGCAAUAGGCUCAAGACGUAUGCCAACUCCCCAGAAGCACCUCAGGAGGAGGCUUCUCUCAGCAAUAGGCUCAAGACGUAUGCCAACUCCCCAGAAGCACCUCAGGAGGAGGCUUCUCUCAGCAAUAGGCUCAAGACGUAUGCCAACUUUCCAGAAGCACCUCAGGAGGAGGCUUCUCUCAGCAAUAGGCUCAAGACGUAUGCCAACUUUCCAGAAGCACCUCAGGAGGAGGCUUCUCUCAGCAAUUGGCUCAAGACGUAUGCCAACUUUCCAGAAGCACCUCAGGAGGAGGCUUCUCUCAGCAAUUGGCUCAAGACGUAUGCCAACUUCCCAGAAGCACCUCAGGAGGAGGCUUCUCUCAGCAAUAGGCUCAAGACGUAUGCCAACUUUCCAGAAGCACCUCAGGAGGAGGCUUCUCUCAGCAAUAGGCUCAAGACGUAUGCCAACUCCCCAGAAGCACCUCAGGAGGAGGCUUCUCUCAGCAAUAGGCUCAAGACGUAUGCCAACUUUCCAGAAGCACCUCAGGAGGAGGCUUCUCUCAGCAAUAGGCUCGAGACGUAUGCCAACUUUCCAGAAGCACCUCAGGAGGAGGCUUCUCUCAGCAAUUGGCUCAAGACUUAUGCCAACUUUCCAGAAGCACCUCAGGAGGAGCCUUCUCUCAGCAAUAGGCUCAAGACGUAUGCCAACUCCCCAGAAGCACCUCAGGAGGAGGCUUCUCUCAGCAAUAGGCUCAAGACGUAUGCCAACUUUCCAGAAGCACCUCAGGAGGAGGCUUCUCUCAGCAAUAGGCUCAAGACGUAUGCCAACUUUCCAGAAGCACCUCAGGAGGAGGCUUCUCUCAGCAAUUGGCUCAAGACGUAUGCCAACUACCCAGAAGCACCUCAGGAGGAGGCUUCUCUCAGCAAUAGGCUCAAGACGUAUGCCAACUUUCCAGAAGCACCUCAGGAGGAGGCUUCUCUCAGCAAUAGGCUCAAGACGUAUGCCAACUUACCAGAAGCACCUCAGGAGGAGGCUUCUCUCAGCAAUAGGCUCAAGACGUAUGCCAACUUUCCAGAAGCACCUCAGGAGGAGGCUUCUCUCAGCAAUAGGCUCAAGACGUAUGCCAACUUACCAGAAGCACCUCAGGAGGAGGCUUCUCUCAGCAAUAGGCUCAAGACGUAUGCCAACUUUCCAGAAGCACCUCAGGAGGAGGCUUCUCUCAGCAAUAGGCUCAAGACGUAUGCCAACUUACCAGAAGCACCUCAGGAGGAGGCUUCUCUCAGCAAUAGGCUCAAGACGUAUGCCAACUUUCCAGAAGCACCUCAGGAGGAGGCUUCUCUCAGCAAUAGGCUCAAGACGUAUGCCAACUUCCCAGAAGCACCUCAGGAGGAGGCUUCUCUCAGCAAUAGGCUCAAGACGUAUGCCAACUUUCCAGAAGCACCUCAGGAGGAGGCUUCUCUCAGCAAUAGGCUCAAGACGUAUGCCAACUUCCCAGAAGCACCUCAGGAGGAGGCUUCUCUCAGCAAUAGGCUCAAGACGUAUGCCAACUUUCCAGAAGCACCUCAGGAGGAGGCUUCUCUCAGCAAUAGGCUCAAGACGUAUGCCAACUUUCCAGAAGCACCUCAGGAGGAGGCUUCUCUCAUCAAUAGGCUCAAGACGUAUGCCAACUUCCCAGAAGCACCUCAGGAGGAGGCUUCUCUCAGCAAUAGGCUCAAGACGUAUGCCAACUUUCCAGAAGCACCUCAGGAGGAGGCUUCUCUCAGCAAUAGGCUCAAGACGUAUGCCAACUUCCCAGAAGCACUUCAGGAGGAGGCUUCUCUCAGCAAUAGGCUCAAGACGUAUGCCAACUUUCCAGAAGCACCUCAGGAGGAUGCUUCUCUCAGCAAUAGGCUCAAGACGUAUGCCAACUUUCCAGAAGCACCUCAGGAGGAGGCUUCUCUCAGCAAUAGGCUCAAGACGUAUGCCAACUUUCCAGAAGCACCUCAGGAGGAGGCUUCUCUCAGCAAUAGGUUCAAGACGUAUGCCAACUUUCCAGAAGCACCUCAGGAGGAGGCUUCUCUCAGCAAUAGGCUCAAGACGUAUGCCAACUUUCCAGAAGCACCUCAGGAGGAGGCUUCUCUCAGCAAUAGGCUCAAGACGUUUGCCAACUUCCCAGAAGCACCUCAGGAGGAGGCUUCUCUCAGCAAUAGGCUCAAGACGUAUGCCAACUUCCCAGAAGCACCUCAGGAGGAGGCUUCUCUCAGCAAUAGGCUCAAGACGUAUGCCAACUUUCCAGAAGCACCUCAGGAGGAGGCUUCUCUCAGCAAUAGGCUCAAGACGUAUGCCAACUUUCCAGAAGCACCUCAGGAGGAGGCUUCUCUCAGCAAUAGGCUCAAGACGUAUGCCAACUUUCCAGAAGCACCUCAGGAGGAGGCUUCUCUCAGCAAUAGGCUCAAGACGUAUGCCAACUUUCCAGAAGCACCUCAGGAGGAGGCUUCUCUCAGCAAUAGGCUCAAGACGUAUGCCAACUUUCCAGAAGCACCUCAGGAGGAGGCUUCUCUCAGCAAUAGGCUCAAGACGUAUGCCAACUUUCCAGAAGCACCUCAGGAGGAGGCUUCUCUCAGCAAUAGGCUCAAGACGUAUGCCAACUUUCCAGAAGCACCUCAGGAGGAGGCUUCUCUCAGCAAUAGGCUCAAGACGUAUGCCAACUUUCCAGAAGCACCUCAGGAGGAGGCUUCUCUCAGCAAUAGGCUCAAGACGUAUGCCAACUUUCCAGAAGCACCUCAGGAGGAGGCUUCUCUCAGCAAUAGGCUCAAGACGUAUGCCAACUUUCCAGAAGCAACUCAGGAGGAGGCUUCUCUCAGCAAUAGGCUCAAGACGUAUGCCAACUUUCCAGAAGCACCUCAGGAGGAGGCUUCUCUCAGCAAUAGGCUCAAGACGUAUGUCAACUUCCCAGAAGCACCUCAGGAGGAGGCUUCUCUCAGCAAUAGGCUCAAGACGUAUGCCAACUUCCCAGAAGCACCUCAGGAGGAGGCUUCUCUCAGCAAUAGGCUCAAGACGUAUGCCAACUUUCCAGAAGCACCUCAGGAGGAGGCUUCUCUCAGCAAUAGGCUCAAGACGUAUGCCAACUUUCCAGAAGCACCUCAGGAGGAGGCUUCUCUCAGCAAUAGGCUCAAGACGUAUGCCAACUUUCCAGAAGCACCUCAGGAGGAGGCUUCUCUCAGCAAUAGGCUCAAGACAUAUGCCAACUUCCCAGAAGCACCUCAGGAGGAGGCUUCUCUCAGCAAUAGGCUCAAGACGUAUGCCAACUUUCCAGAAGCACCUCAGGAGGAGGCUUCUCUCAGCAAUAGGCUCAAGACGUAUGCCAACUUUCCAGAAGCACCUCAGGAGGAGGCUUCUCUCAGCAAUAGGCUCAAGACGUAUGCCAACUCCCCAGAAGCACCUCAGGAGGAGGCUUCUCUCAGCAAUAGGCUCAAGACGUAUGCCAACUUUCCAGAAGCACCUCAGGAGGAGGCUUCUCUCAGCAAUAGGCUCAAGACGUAUGCCAACUUUCCAGACCCACAUCAGGAGGAGGCUUCUCUCAGCAAUAGGCUCAAGACGUAUGCCAACUUUCCAGAAGCACCUCAGGAGGAGGCUUCUCUCAGCAAUAGGCUCAAGACGUAUGCCAACUCCCCAGAAGCACCUCAGGAGGAGGAUUCUCUCAGCAAUAGGCUCAAGACGUAUGCCAACUUUCCAGAAGCACCUCAGGAGGAGGCUUCUCUCAGCAAUAGGCUCAAGACGUAUGCCAACUUUCCAGACCCACAUCAGGAGGAGGCUUCUCUCAGCAAUAGGCUCAAGACGUAUGCCAACUUUCCAGAAGCACCUCAGGAGGAGGCUUCUCUCAGCAAUAGGCUCAAGACGUAUGCCAACUUUCCAGAAGCACCUCAGGAGGAGGCUUCUCUCAGCAAUAGGCUCAAGACGUAUGCCAACUUUCCAGAAGCACCUCAGGAGGAGGCUUCUCUCAGCAAUAGGCUCAAGACGUAUGCCAACUUCCCAGAAGCACCUCAGGAGGAGGCUUCUCUCAGCAAUAGGCUCAAGACGUAUGCCAACUUUCCAGAAGCACCUCAGGAGGAGGCUUCUCUCAGCAAUAGGCUCAAGACGUAUGCCAACUUCCCAGAAGCACCUCAGGAGGAGGCUUCUCUCAGCAAUAGGCUCAAGACGUAUGCCAACUUUCCAGAAGCAGCUCAGGAGGAGGCUUCUCUCAGCAAUAGGCUCAAGACGUAUGCCAACUUUCCAGAAGCACCUCAGGAGGAGGCUUCUCUCAGCAAUAGGCUCAAGACGUAUGCCAACUCCCCAGAAGCACCUCAGGAGGAGGCUUCUCUCAGCAAUAGGCUCAAGACGUAUGCCAACUUUCCAGAAGCACCUCAGGAGGAGGCUUCUCUCAGCAAUAGGCUCAAGACGUAUGCCAACUCCCCAGAAGCACCUCAGGAGGAGGCUUCUCUCAGCAAUAGGCUCAAGACGUAUGCCAACUUUCCAGAAGCACCUCAGGAGGAGGCUUCUCUCAGCAAUAGGCUCAAGACGUAUGCCAACUUCCCAGAAGCACCUCAGGAGGAGGCUUCUCUCAGCAAUAGGCUCAAGACGUAUGCCAACUUUCCAGAAGCACCUCAGGAGGAGGCUUCUCUCAGCAAUAGGCUCAAGACGUAUGCCAACUUUCCAGAAGCACCUCAGGAGGAGGCUUCUCUCAGCAAUAGGCUCAAGACGUAUGCCAACUUCCCAGAAGCACCUCAGGAGGAGGCUUCUCUCAGCAAUAGGCUCAAGACGUAUGCCAACUUUCCAGAAGCACCUCAGGAGGAGGCUUCUCUCAGCAAUAGGCUCAAGACGUAUGCCAACUUCCCAGAAGCACCUCAGGAGGAGGCUUCUCUCAGCAAUAGGCUCAAGACGUAUGCCAACUUCCCAGAAGCACCUCAGGAGGAGGCUUCUCUCAGCAAUAGGCUCAAGACGUAUGCCAACUUCCCAGAAGCACCUCAGGAGGAGGCUUCUCUCAGCAAUAGGCUCAAGACGUAUGCCAACUUUCCAGAAGCAGCUCAGGAGGAGGCUUCUCUCAGCAAUAGGCUCAAGACGUAUGCCAACUUUCCAGAAGCACCUCAGGAGGAGGCUUCUCUCAGCAAUAGGCUCAAGACGUAUGCCAACUCCCCAGAAGCACCUCAGGAGGAGGCUUCUCUCAGCAAUAGGCUCAAGACGUAUGCCAACUUUCCAGAAGCACCUCAGGAGGAGGCUUCUCUCAGCAAUAGGCUCAAGACGUAUGCCAACUCCCCAGAAGCACCUCAGGAGGAGGCUUCUCUCAGCAAUAGGCUCAAGACGUAUGCCAACUUUCCAGAAGCACCUCAGGAGGAGGCUUCUCUCAGCAAUAGGCUCAAGACGUAUGCCAACUUCCCAGAAGCACCUCAGGAGGAGGCUUCUCUCAGCAAUAGGCUCAAGACGUAUGCCAACUUUCCAGAAGCACCUCAGGAGGAGGCUUCUCUCAGCAAUAGGCUCAAGACGUAUGCCAACUUUCCAGAAGCACCUCAGGAGGAGGCUUCUCUCAGCAAUAGGCUCAAGACGUAUGCCAACUCCCCAGAAGCACCUCAGGAGGAGGCUUCUCUCAGCAAUAGGCUCAAGACGUAUGCCAACUUUCCAGAAGCACCUCAGGAGGAGGCUUCUCUCAGCAAUAGGCUCAAGACGUAUGCCAACUUCCCAGAAGCACCUCAGGAGGAGGCUUCUCUCAGCAAUAGGCUCAAGACGUAUGCCAACUUUCCAGAAGCACCUCAGGAGGAGGCUUCUCUCAGCAAUAGGCUCAAGACGUAUGCCAACUUUCCAGAAGCACCUCAGGAGGAGGCUUCUCUCAGCAAUAGGCUCAAAACGUAUGCCAACUUUCCAGAAGCACCUCAGGAGGAGGCUUCUCUCAGCAAUAGGCUAAAGACGUAUGCCAACUUUCCCGAAGCACCUCAGGAGGAGGCUUCUCUCAGCAAUAGGCUCAAGACGUAUGCCAACUUUCCAGAAGCACCACAGGAGGAGGCUUCAUUUAGCAAUAGGCUCAAGACGUAUGCCAACUCCCCAGAAGCACCUCAGGAGGAGGCUUCUCUCAGCAAUAGGCUCAAGACGUAUGCCAACUUCCCAGAAGCACCUCAGGAGGAGGCUUCUCUCAGCAAUAGGCUCAAGACGUAUGCCAACUUUCCAGAAGCACCUCAGGAGGAGGCUUCUCUCAGCAAUAGGCUCAAGACGUAUGCCAACUCCCCAGAAACACCUCAGGAGGAGGCUUCUCUCAGCAAUAGGCUCAAGACAUAUGCCAACUUUCCAGAAGCACCUCAGGAGGAGGCUUCUCUCAGCAAUAGGCUCAAGACGUAUGCCAACUCCCCAGAAGCACCUCAGGAGGAGGCUUCUCUCAGCAAUAGGCUCAAGACGUAUGCCAACUUUCCAGAAGCACCUCAGGAGAAGGCUUCUCUCAGCAAUAGGCUCAAGACGUAUGCCAACUCCCCAGAAGCACCUCAGGAGGAGGCUUCUCUCAGCAAUAGGCUCAAGACGUAUGCCAACUCCCCAGAAGCACCUCAGGAGGAGGCUUCUCUCAGCAAUAGGCUCAAGACGUAUGCCAACUCCCCAGAAGCACCUCAGGAGGAGGCUUCUCUCAGCAAUAGGCUCAAGACGUAUGCCAACUUCCCAGAAGCACCUCAGGAGGAGGGUUCUCUCAGCAAUAGGCUCAAGACGUAUGCCAACUUCCCAGAAGCACCUCAGGAGGAGGCUUCUCUCAGCAAUAGGCUCAAGACAUAUGCCAACUCCCCAGAAACACCUCAGGAGGAGGCUUCUCUCAGCAAUAGGCUCAAGACGUAUGCCAACUCCCCAGAAGCACCACAGGAGGAGGCUUCUCUCAGCAAUAGGCUCAAGACGUAUGCCAACUUUCCAGAAGCACCUCAGGAGGAGGCUUCUCUCAGCAAUAGGCUCAAGACAUAUGCCAACUUUCCAGAAGCACCUCAGGAGGAGGCUUCUCUCAGCAAUAGGCUCAAGACGUAUGCCAACUCCCCAGAAGCACCUCAGGAGGAGGCUUCUCUCAGCAAUAGGCUCAAGACGUAUGCCAACUCCCCAGAAACACCUCAGGAGGAGGCUUCUCUCAGCAAUAGGCUCAAGACAUAUGCCAACUCCCCAGAAACACCUCAGGAGGAGGCUUCUCUCAGCAAUAGGCUCAAGACGUAUGCCAACUCCCCAGAAGCACCACAGGAGGAGGCUUCUCUCAGCAAUAGGCUCAAGACGUAUGCCAACUUUCCAGAAGCACCUCAGGAGGAGGCUUCUCUCAGCAAUAGGCUCAAGACAUAUGCCAACUUUCCAGAAGCACCUCAGGAGGAGGCUUCUCUCAGCAAUAGGCUCAAGACGUAUGCCAACACCCCAGAAACACCUCAGGAGGAGGCUUCUCUCAGCAAUAGGCUCAAGACGUAUGCCAACUCCCCAGAAACACCUCAGGAGGAGGCUUCUCUCAGCAAUAGGCUCAAGACAUAUGCCAACUCCCCAGAAACACCUCAGGAGGAGGCUUCUCUCAGCAAUAGGCUCAAGACGUAUGCCAACUCCCCAGAAGCACCACAGGAGGAGGCUUCUCUCAGCAAUAGGCUCAAGACGUAUGCCAACUUUCCAGAAGCACCUCAGGAGGAGGCUUCUCUCAGCAAUAGGCUCAAGACGUAUGCCAACUCCCCAGAAGCACCUCAGGAGGAGGCUUCUCUCAGCAAUAGGCUCAAGACGUAUGCCAACUCCCCAGAAACACCUCAGGAGGAGGCUUCUCUCAGCAAUAGGCUCAAGACGUAUGCCAACUCCCCAGAAGCACCUCAGGAGGAGGCUUCUCUCAGCAAUAGGCUCAAGACGUAUGCCAACUCCCCAGAAACACCUCAGGAGGAGGCUUCUCUCAGCAAUACGCUCAAGACGUAUGCCAACUCCCCAGAAGCACUUCAGGAGGAGGCUUCUCUCAGCAAUAGGCUCAAGACGUAUGCCAACUUCCCAGAAGCUCCUCAGGAGGAGGCUUCUCUCAGCAAUAGGCUCAAGACGUAUGCCAACUUCCCAGAAGCACCUCAGGAGGAGGCUUCUCUCAGCAAUAGGCUCAAGACGUAUGCCAACUUUCCAGAAGCACCUCAGGACGAGGCUUCUCUCAGCAAUAGGCUCAAGACGUAUGCCAACUUUCCAGAAGCACCUCAGGAGGAGGCUUCUCUCAGCAAUAGGCUCAAGACGUAUGCCAACUUUCCAGAAGCACCUCAGGAGGAGGCUUCUCUCAGCAAUAGGCUCAAGACAUAUGCCAACUUCCCAGAAGCACCUCAGGAGGAGGCUUCUCUCAGCAAUAGGCUCAAGACGUAUGCCAACUCCCCAGAAGCACCUCAGGAGGAGGCUUCUCUCAGCAAUAGGCUCAAGACGUAUGCCAACUUUCCAGAAGCACCUCAGGAGGAGGCUUCUCUCAGCAAUAGGCUCAAGACGUAUGCCAACUCCCCAGAAGCACCUCAGGAGGAGGCUUCUCUCAGCAAUAGGCUCAAGACGUAUGCCAACUUCCCAGAAACACCUCAGGAGGAGGCUUCUCUCAGCAAUAGGCUCAAGACGUAUGCCAACUUUCCAGAAGCACCUCAGGAGGAGGCUUCUCUCAGCAAUAGGCUCAAGACGUAUGCCAACUUUCCAGAAGCACCUCAGGAGGAGGCUUCUCUCAGCAAUAGGCUCAAGACGUAUGCCAACUUUCCAGAAGCACCUCAGGAGGAGGCUUCUCUCAGCAAUAGGCUCAAGACGUAUGCCAACUCCCCAGAAGCACCUCAGGAGGAGGCUUCUCUCAGUAAUAGGCUCAAGACGUAUGCCAACUCCCCAGAAGCACCUCAGGAGGAGGCUUCUCUCAGCAAUAGGCUCAAGACGUAUGCCAACUCCCCAGAAGCACCUCAGGAGGAGGCUUCUCUCAGCAAUAGGCUCAAGACGUAUGCCAAGUCAUCAGAAGCACCUCAGGAGGAGGCUUCUCUCAGCAAUAGGCUCAAGACGUAUGCCAACUCCCCAGAAGCACCUCAGGAGGAGGCUUCUCUCAGCAAUAGGCUCAAGACGUAUGCCAGCUUUCCAGAAGCACCUCAGGAGGAGGCUUCUCUCAGCAAUAGGCUCAAGACGUAUGCCAACUUUCCAGAAGCACCUCAGGAGGAGGCUUCUCUCAGCAAUAGGCUCAAGACGUAUGCCAACUUUCCAGAAGCACCUCAGGAGGAGGCUUCUCUCAGCAAUAGGCUCAAGACGUAUGCCAACUUUACAGAAGCACCUCAGGAGGAGGCUUCUCUCAGCAAUAGGCUCAAGACGUAUGCCAACUUCCCAGAAGCACCUCAGGAGGAGGCUUCUCUCAGCAAUAGGCUCAAGACGUAUGCCAACUUCCCAGAAGCACCUCAGGAGGAGGCUUCUCUCAGCAAUAGGCUCAAGACGUAUGCCAACUUUCCAGAAGCACCUCAGGAGGAGGCUUCUCUCAGCAAUAGGCUCAAGACGUAUGCCAACUUUCCAGAAGCACCUCAGGAGGAGGCUUCUCUCAGCAAUAGGCUCAAGACGUAUGCCAACUUUACAGAAGCACCUCAGGAGGAGGCUUCUCUCAGCAAUAG